AUGUCUACCGUUCAAUCUUCCUAUCAAUGCGCUUUCAAAGCCUUGGUCGUUCAAGUGUUGAAUUCAAUUAGACAAGAACAAUCGAUGAUUGAAUCUCACAUGAUUAUGCCUCCAGAUUUUGUAUCUGGUGUUUUUGAAAAUGGAAAAACUUCUUUGAUUGAUCAUGAAGAGAUUAAGGAUGUUUCGGAAUUUAAGAAUGCGCUUAGAGA